AUGGUCCGAAGAUCGUCAAGCGUAGAUUCCAACUGGUGCUAUGUUGCAGAACCAGGAGCCGGCAGGCCCACGAGCGCGCUGACCAAAGCACCAUCCUCCGAAGGUGAGAGUGAUCCGGCGUUGCAGCCGUUGAUCAAGAGAUCCAAGAGCUUGAAAGGAAUCUUCAAGCAAGUCUCAUGUAGAUACGGGUCUUUGAAGAGUGACCUUCGUCGUGCCGGAAGUUACUUUGACAAUGCUUACAGGAACCGCGACAAUCGUGCCAGUCAAGUCCUCGCCAACGAAGAGAUUGGAAGCAUUUCUCGCGAUACGAUAGGCAAGGCUCGAGAGGAGCUUAACGCUGGCAAGUACCGGAAGCAAGAGUUCUUCGGAUCGUUCAUCAUGCAUUACAGGUCUUUGUCUGAGACGCUCCAUGGCCUCUUGGAUGAAAACAACGCUCUUGUUGAGGAUAUCGAACGCCUCAAGCCUGACGUCGACGAAGACGAACGUGUUGUGCGCAUUGAUGAUCUACUUCACAGCCAGAGGAACCUCGACUUCUUGAUCAACGAAUUAGAUGCUGAGAUCUCGGCUAUCCUUUCCUGGAAGUUGGAACCAAGACGUUGA